UCUCCGUCACUCGAGGGAAGUGAGCACCUGUCUAACUUGUAAAGUGAACCAACUGUCAGAAAAAUCUACGAUGGCAGUGUUCCGGCAGCAGGGGGCGCUGUCGCGUAUGAAACGCUGCCGGGCGCUGAGCUCCCCUUUAAGCAGCCGCAGACGGGAAACCUCUCACGAACAAAUGGCGUCCCUCCUGUGCGGAGCAGCUGAUUUCUCCACCGAGCACGGCGGAGAGGUAAACACACCGCCCCCGGACUCCUUUGCCAUGAGAUAAGACUCUCGCUUUAUUGCGCCGGAUUCGCGGAGCAGUGACGGCUGGACGCUGCGCACUCCUCAGUCUCACCGACAUCAGACCGCUGUUGUUCCGGGGAGGGGGGGUGCAAAACAAAACCACCCGACGCGGAGAGUGUCAGCCGCAGCGUGCGCAUUAAUCUGCGCUGUGUUUGUCGCCGAUGGUCGUUGUGCGUUAGCGUGUCGCCGGGGCCCGGAUCUCACGCGCUGGAGGCGACAAGUAGCGGGUCAAAUGUUUCCACCCCGACGUUAGAGGGACGCAUAGCGGACAUGGGCAUCACCCCUUCAGAGAUCUCCUCCUCCUUCUCCUUCUCCUCCUCCUCCUCUUCAUCCUCCGCCUGACUACUUGGCCGCCUCUUCGCUAAUCCACUUCAGGAGAUCAUCUUGAACAACCUUUUUCCUGGAGUGACACCAGCAGGACGGCGUUUUUCCCAGGAAGCCAGCUCUGAGGCGGUGAAGAUGACCACGGCGCGGUACCGUCCCACCUGGGAGCUGGCCGUGGACCCCCUGGUCUCAUGUAAGCUGUGCCUUGUGGAAUUCCCACUGGAGCAGAUGACCACCAUCACACAGUGCCAAUGUGUCUUCUGUACACUGUGCCUGAAGCAGUACGUGGAACUCCUGAUCAAAGAAGGCCUUGAAACUGCAAUUAGCUGUCCAGACUCUGCCUGUCCCAAAAGAGGACACUUGCAGGAAAAUGAGAUUGAGUGCAUGGUGGCCACGGAGAUGAUGCAGAGAUACAAGAAGCUUCAGUUUGAAAGGGAGGUGCUGCUGGACCCAUGCCGGACGUGGUGCCCUUCCUCGACUUGCCAGGCCGUGUGCCAACUAAAGGAAGCAGAUUCUCCUGCGCUACCCCAGCUGGUCCAGUGUGCCGUUUGUGCCCUCGAGUUCUGCGCCGCAUGCAAGACCAACUGGCACCCCGGACAGGCCUGCCAGGAGAACAACCUGCCCAUUACCUCCUACCUGCCGGGAGAAAACAGCUCUUUCUUUAAGAAUGAAGAGGAUGACGCACCAAUCAAGCGCUGUCCUAAAUGUAAAGUUUACAUUGAGAGGGACGAAGGCUGUGCACAGAUGAUGUGCAAGAACUGCAAACACGCCUUUUGCUGGUACUGUCUGGAGUCCCUGGAUGACGACUUUCUCCUGAUCCACUAUGACAAAGGGCCCUGUCGGAACAAGCUGGGCCACUCCAGGGCAUCUGUUAUCUGGCACAGAACACAGGUUGUGGGGAUCUUCGCUGGAUUUGGCCUGCUCCUGCUGGUCGCCUCCCCUUUCCUCCUUCUGGCCACUCCCAUUGUCCUCUGCUGCAAGUGCAAGUGCAGCAAAGGCGAUGACGACCCAUUGCCAAACUAAACACGCCAUCAAAGCUGGAGCGGAGAGGCGCUUCAUGGAUGGGCCAUGUUUUUAUUUCCUUUUCACCCCCUUUUACAUUCUUCUCCUCCCACCAGCUUGAAUUGCUUAAUUUUUUUGGGGGGGUGGGCUGAGCCUGCAACAGCCCUGGCCGCUUCGGGAUCCAUUGCUCUGCAUGAGAGAGGCGUGGUAGGAAAGCGACCUUACACCUUGGCCUGGAGAGAGGGGCAGGGUCACAGGUCAGAGGUCAAAGGGCCACUGUGUCCACGCGUUGGUGUUUUCGGGACGUGGGGGAAGUCUGGGUCACUUCAAGUGGUCCUCAGUUGCUACCGUAGUCAACGAUUGCUUUUCUCUUGUAUGAACAUAAUAAUGCAGGAGACGCUUUUCAAAGGACUUUUACUUUAUCGCUCUGUUUUCUCGGUUUGUCGCAGGCAACAGAAUCUUUUUCACCACCACCACCACACCCGACGUAGCUCUAGAGAUUCAGUCAGUAGCAUUAGAGUUGCACCACGCAUGUUUGGUGUUCACUCGAUUUGCACACGGAACGUGAUUUUCAUAUCAUGUUCAGGACUGAGGUGGAGAUGAGAGGCUGUUGUCACUCUCAACUCAAUGUAUAGCACGUCCUCUUGAUGAUGUCAAUGUUUUAUAACCUGUUGCUUUCAGAACUGUGCUCAGUUGUGUCUACGUGUUGUGUUUUGAGUGUUUUCCAAACUGUAAGGUACACUUAUUAAAGGGCAUUGCCACUCACAUUUCAAAACACACUAAUUAUCUUUGGUCAAUUGACAAUGGAGACUAGUUCUGUUCAACAUUCAGCUUGGGUUUUUCAUUAUUACCAUCUGUCCGAAAUCACUUCUUUUGACACCUCUGGACAUUUCUUCAAGAGACAGAAACAUUGUGUGCGAAGGAUGUCACGCAGAUUUCCCAAAUUGAGUGGUACUCCCCUUUUUAGGUUCAACAAUAAUGUAUAGUCUAUUAGAGGACUUUGUAUCCACAUGUUGUGGAACCAUUUUAAUACUACACUACAAGAGAUGUCACUUGUGUAAUUCUCAGUCCCCCCGGUGGUGGUUUAACCAAAUGGAUAUGAAUAGCCUUACAUUGAGAAUAGCCAAAAUCAGGCAUUUCCCCCUGUGCAUUAAAGUAAAAAAAUAAAUCCCAGGGAAAGCAUGUCGUCAACGAAGCCCUUUAUAUUCAGAUGAUUCUAUGAUGUCAUCCAUUAUGCCACGCUGUUAAUAACCAUACUGUAAAAAAACAAAAGAAGAAUAAAAACUGCCCUCAACAGAUGUUCUAUGUGACCUAGGUCCUGUAUUGCCUCAGCCUUUUUGGGCAGGAGAGUCACAAACAAGCUGAAGCUCAACUCCUAGAUCUCCCCGUCUUUGAGGCUUAAGAAAUACCUGCCCAAUUUGCAAACUUGCAUAUGUAAGUGGUCAGAGUGUCGAUGUUUUGUUUUGUUGGUAGUUAGAGCUCCGAUAACAAGCAGCUAUUGCCUGUAACGGGCAUAAGAAAAGUCUAUCGAGUGAAUAUAAAAGAAUUCCAUUUUUGGGCACCUAAAUAUGAAGCUGCUCUAUACUAUAUCACUUUAUCUAUGCAAGUUUGUGCAUUUCCAUUCUUAAAAAGGCCAUUGAUUGGUCAUAAUCAACUGUAUGCCAAGAGUAGGUUUAUCUGGUGAAAGCUGCAGAAUGUCACCAUAUAGUUUGCAUAUCAUAGCUUUUAUUUAAUCAGGGAAUCAGUCAGAAAAAUAUCCAUUGUAUUUCCAUCUUCUAAGUUGCUCUUAGCUAUCCGUCUUUUAGCUUGAAAGCCAGGACGGAGUUCGGACACUUUUUCUUUGUUCAUGUCAUUUAUUUGAGGGGAAUCUCAGCUUCACAAAAACAGUUCAUCGAGGAGCAAAGGUAGAGCCAUUCAACUAUAAAUAAUGUUCUCUCAUUUCUUUGUUACCAUGCAUAGCCAUUUGAAUGUUUUGUAUAAGUAAUUUACUACUUCUUACUUUUGCCUUUCUCGUCUGGUGAUUUGCAAGUGUUUAUGUAGCAUUUCCUGAAAAGUGUAAUAACAUUGAACAACAGUAGCUAAUCUAAACUGAACAUAGCCAAUCUGCAACUCACUUCACUGCUCAUAAAUUUAGCUCUGACUUUCAGUAUGAUAAUCCUAAUUUUUAGAAGCCUUACAUUUUGACUACUAUACUGUAGACUCUGUUACUUUCAUUGACCGACUGUACGAGCAUGAUCAUUUGAUAUCAAAGACAGCCCAAUUUUCUACUUUUUGAAGUUUGGUGCUGUCCUUAAAAAAAGAAAAAGGUAAAUUCUUCAAUUUUAUGUUUUUUUUUAUGACAAUCGUGCCAAGCAGAUUUCCAGGAAGGGAUAAGGACAGAGCGGUCUACUGUGUGUGUGCAUUUUGCCCAUGUAUUUGUAAUGUAAUAACAGUUUUUACAGGGUAAACAAAAAAGUAAUGCUUCUUUAUGUAAACUCUGCACUGUAUAUGGGUUUCAUUGUUUUGCUUCUUGAUAUGAUCUGUGGUGUGUGUGGUAUGGUGCCUGCUUUGUUUAACUGAUGAGUUUAGCAGCUGAAAUCAAUGUCUACUCAAUAGAAAAGUCAAUAUACAUAUGGGAGAUUGCAACUGUCCUUUUUAAGGAGUAUCAUUAUGUAAUGUUACCAGGGCUCUGAUAUCACCAUGAUAAAGAUUCAUUUCAAAUA